CAGAUCCAGCCAUCGAGGCCGAGCCGCCGUCUGGGGAAGUGCGUCGCUCAGCUUGAACCUCCACCACCACCACCCACGCCAGCCCGCGGUGAGGCAAACAUGGACAGGAAGCUCUCACUGCCGGAGUUCCUCAAGGUGCUGACUACCAACACGUGCCGGCGACCAAGGCCAUGGGCGUUGCAGGGAAAUUGUACAAGACACAUAACACGCCCUCGCAGCUCGGGCAGCUCACUGACGGCAAGCUGAAGGCCGCUGGAGUGGACGAUAAGGAGGUUCGCAAGCUGGUAUUGGCGGCUAUCCGUAAAUCGGGCUACAAGGCCCCAGCUGCGGGUGCCUCGUCGCGCAACGCGGCCCAGAAUACCAGCUCUCCCGGCACCGCAGAUCCACCAGCUGCAUCCACCAGUGCCCAGGCCGAGCGGCCCAAGCAGAAGCGCAAGCGAGAUGACGAUCUGAACGAGUUCCUGCCUGACAGGCCCCCAGAUGAUGGUGAGCUCUACGGCAGCUUGGAGUUCAAGGAGGAGCUCGAUGAAACGAUCCUCACGAAGAAGUCCACUUUGGUGAACCGUGCCCCGAUCAUGAUGGCAUGGGCCUUUGUCGUGGCUGAACGGCUGGGGUUCCAGCGCGAGGAGGCUCUGAGUAUAGCAUCGGUAUACACGGAGAUGAAUGCUAUUACAAAAGGUGUAUCCCUCGGCAUCUUCGACAAGAGCAAGGGCAAGGGGGUGGAGGCCGCCCAGCGCGGCUCACAGCCGUACGUGGACCUCAUGGGUCGACGACCCCUCUACCAGACAGCAAAUGGCUCUUGGCGAGCUCUCUCCUCCGGCACGCCUGUCGCGCCCUCCUCAGCAUUUUCGUAUAUCACCCGUGCCUUACGACAGACCGCACCGCACGUCCUCGGUGCACUCCGCCUCCUGGCCAAUAGCUACGCCCCAACGGAACUCAGCCGCGCAGGCUUCGCCCUCUAUGCUGACUUCCGGCCGGACGUACAGGGGUGGGGCGGCCGUGCUGAGGUGCGCUGUGCGACCAUUCUUGGGCUGAGGAACAAGGACGUGAAGAAGGAGGACGAGGAGGCGCCGCUCAGCAACGUGCAGGACAUUGUGAAGAUCGAGCCUGCCAACGGGGAGUCUGGAGGCGAGUUGGCCCCGUCAGGGCUCGUCGAGCCGCCCAAUAAGAAGCAACACAUAGCGGCUAUUGACGACGAGUAUGAGGCGGCAUUGGAUGAUCCAAUAUUUGAUGACGCCGAACUCAACCUGGAAGGCUUCCCUUGAUGCCCGCGGCCAAAUUACUAACGUGCAUGACGAGCUUGCCGUUCGCACAACAGAUC